AUGCGUGGAGGAUCUCAUCCUGGUAUACCACAUCACCGCGACAACCAAAUGGCCCAAGGAACUCCGCCGCUCCUACAGGAGAAGAAGCUGUACACCUUUGUUGGCUUUUCCAUUGGAGGCGACAAGGAUAAGCUAAAGUUGUCUGGUUUAGAGAUCAACCCCGACAAGUACGUCGACUUGCAGCGCAAAUGGAGAGUUCCAAACAAUGGAAAGAAGUGGCAGUCUUUGGCUGAGUUUGCAGGCAGCCUCAUCCACCCAUCCUACAAGGAAAUGAAGCAGAAGAUCGACAGGAAAUCGGACCACCUACUAUGGGGGGACAGCCCACUUCCAAACAAGCUCAUCGAGUAUGCCACGAAAGAUGCGUACGUCACCUACGAGGCAUGGAAGAAAAUCGAAAUCACCAAAGAAGGUUUGGAGCUCUGGCAAGAGGCGGAGGAUCAUUGGGAUGACCCCUACUACUGGGGAUAUUGA